UGAUUGUCACGCUGAACUGCUCAGUUCUCUCUCUCUGAGUUAGUCUCAGUUAGUCUGGAUUAGUCUUAAUCUGCAUGUCUUCAGCUUCUCUGCUCUGAUCUGUGCUGCUGAGGGAAUCUGUUGUGAUUUCGGGUCAGGUAGAAGCAUGGGCUUCAAAUGUGGAAUCCUACUGAUCCCACUAAUCAUUUUGCUGAAUAUUCCAGGUUCUCUGGGUGAGAGUGAUAAAGUGGUCUGCAGGUCUCAGAUUAUCUGUGCUCAGCAGGAAUCAGCAGUAAACUUGAGGUGCUCUUACCUUAACUCCAUCAAACCUCAGCAAAGCUUCUGGUUCAGCUCCAAACUAAAAGCUAAAUGGAGGAAUGAAGAAGAUCCAGAGGAUUUAGCUUUAGAUUCAGACUACGCAGGACGAGUGAUCUAUAACACCAAUAACUCCACACCCAUUACCUCCACUUCUACUCUCAGAAUCAGAGAGCUGAGAGAGAGAGACUCGGGGGAAUAUCAGCUCAUGAUCAUUACAGAAUCAGGAGAGAAAUAUUCCAGCUCUACAGCGAUCACUCUAACGGUUUCAGAUCUGCAGAUAAAGAUGAUCUCUGAUACUGACAGGAAAUGGACACUGAACUGUAGCACCUCCUGCAGUUUGAGCUCUAAAUCUAUUUCAUACAACUGGUUUAAAAACGGACAAUAUGUAAACACAACAAAUGUAGGUGAAAGAUUCUGGAGUUCAUAUGAGACUAAUGCUCCUGCCAGCUACUCCUGCUCUUUUAUCUGGAAUCCUGACAUUCGUUCCAGCUCAGUGUGUGUUUCUGGUGAGAACUGUUGGAGUGUGAUCUACUCAGAGAGAAGAGUGUGUGUUCUGGAGGAUUCCUCAGUGGACUUUCCCUGCACCUACUCAUAUCCCAGUGGACAGAGAGUUACUGAAUCAUACUGGUUUUACGUUCAGCGUGGAGUGAAUCCAAAUGAUCUGAGUAAGGAAGAGAGGUUUGCAGGUCGAGUGGAGUUUCUGGGGGAUAAAGAGAGAAACUGCACUCUGAGAAUCAGAAAUGUGACGAAGAGAGACUCUGGAGAAUAUCGAUUCAGAUUCUUUACCGAUACAGCAGAUGGGAGAUUUUCUGGUACUCCUGGAGUUAUUCUAAAUGUAACAGAUCUUCAGGUGAAAAUGAGUCCCAGUUCUCCAUCAGAAGGACAGACAGUAACACUGACCUGUAGCUCCACCUGCACUCUGCCCAACAACCCCACCUACAUCUGGUACGAACAGGCUGUCCGUAAGAACGGACAGCCUGUAACCAACAAACCCACCAGAUACAACAAGCUCUACCUGGAGUCAACAAGCCCUGAGGAUGUUCUCCAGUAUUCCUGUGCUCUAGGAGAUUCUCCUAAAGGUGCAGAGGGGAGCACAGGGUUAACACUGAUCACAGUGCCAGUGGCCGUAUUUCUGCUCCUAAUCCUCAUUGCAGGAGGGAUAUGUUUAAGGAGGAGGAAGUCCAACCCAGGACAGGAUAGCAAGAGAUCUAGAGAGACUGGGCAGGGUGACCCUGGACCUAUGAACAGUAAGAUUUCCACGCAGACCAUGACCUCCAACUCCACUCACAGAGAAUCUUCAGGUGGUCAGGAUGAGGUUCACUACUCCAGUGUUCAUUUUAAACGCUCUCACACACAGGAUGAGUCUUCCACAUUCCCUCGUUACCCCACAGAGGAUGAGAAUGUUCAGUACGCUGCUGUCAAAUUCCACAGAGACAGUGCUGCUCCCUAAUGAGCAAAUGCCUUCAUUAUAUCCUCUCAGCUAAUUUUUGAAUCCUAAAUAUAUUUAUUAUAAUAGAUAUGCUAACAUUGGUUUUAAAUGAUACCCACAUAUACAGCUGUGGAAAAAAAAAACUUAUGAGUUUAUUUGAUUUUACCAAGUUGAAAAGCUCUGCAAUAUGAUUAAGAGGAAGAUGGGUGAUCACAGUCACCAAACCAAGCUGAACUACUUGAAUAUUUGCACCAGGAGUAAAGCAGCAUAAAGUUAUCCAAAAGCAGUGUGUAAGACUGGUGGAGGAAGAGAACAUGAUGGCAAGGUGCAUGGGAAAAUCAUUGAUCAAACAUUGAUUUCUGAACUCUUGAAACUUUAUGAAUAUGAACUUGUUUCUUUGCAUUAUUUGAGGUCUGAAAGCUCUGCAUUUAUUUGUUAUUUCAGCCAUUUCUCAUUUUCUGCAAAUAAAUGCUCUAAAUGACAUCUUUUUGACCUUUCUGAUUGGUUGGCCUGGCCCUCCCAUUCUAACUGUACAUGUAACUGUAUGAUCUGCAGUCUACCUACAUUAAAUGUUGUGCAGUGUCUUUCAGUUUUUCCAAAUAGUAUAUUUUGUACAUAUUUAGAAUAAGAUUUAUUGCUCUGCCCCUGUGGAAUUACUUUAGCCAGUAAUUUAUGCAUACAGUGUUGGGAUGGGUGCUGUAUGCUUUCUUUACUAGGUCUAAUAAUCCGUGGGGCCAUUGGGCAUAAAGAGUUGUAAAGUUUUCUCUGAACACAAAAAGACUGUAUGAGAGCAACAGGUACUUUUAUCACUGAUUCAAGGAAUUUAGAAACACCAAUGAAUAAAUUUUCAUUUCAAAGCA